UUUUUUAAAUUGAAUAUUUUGGAAAUUGUUUAAAAAUAAAUCCUGAAAUGAUUCUAGAAUAUUGCAACUAUCGCAAUCGAUAGGUAUCGGCGCGGCCUGUUGCAGUUGUGGGUGACUGUCAUCGCUAGUUUAAGCAAGAAACCGCCCGAAUUUUUGCCAGAUUUCCAUUUAUCCCGGAUAGGACCUUCAAAUCCCAUCAAGAAAUAGACAUGUUGAGACCUCAGCCAUCAAUGCCAUUGCCACAUCCGCCGGGGAAACGAAAGAAACCCGCUGAAUUGCAACUGACGUGCGGAUGGCGCGGUUGCCAAGAGAUUUGCACUGGCGAAUGGAACCUUAAUAGCCACAUAUCCGAGCACCUGGAACAGUAUGCCCGAGACCAAGACAAUCAAGAGGAUCAUACCGAUCACAAGAUCAACCAUCAAUGCACUUGGAACUCCUGCGACUUCUGUACUGAAAAUCUGGUGGAAUUCGAACGGCAUUCGUAUUAUCACGGAUACUAUCUACAUCUCCUUCUGCAGGGCAAGCUUGAGUGCGAUCUGCAUCCAGAAAUCCCCGCCUGCACUGCCCCAGCUCGCAUUAUGGACAAGCUACCCAUUCUUAGCCAAAACUUUCACUGCGGUUGGACGGAUUGUGAGCGCGAGUUUGUCUCGAUUGUAGAGUUCCAAGAUCACAUUGUCAAACACGCCCUGUUUGAGUAUGAUAUACAGAAGACUCCCGAGGACGAGCGACCCAAGACCAUGUGCAACUGGACAAUGUGCCACAAGCAUAUGGGUAACAAGUACCGUCUCAUCGAGCACAUCAGCACCCAUUCGAACAAAAAACUGGUGGCCUGCUUCCACUGCGGCGAGCUGUUCCGCACCAAGACGACUCUCUUCGAUCACUUGAGACGACAACCAGAGAAUAACACGAAUAACUUCCAGUGUGCGCAGUGCUUCAAGUUCUUUGCCACCAAAAAGCUGCUAAAGAGCCAUGUAGUACGGCAUGUGAAUUGCUACAAGUGUACCAUGUGCGACAUGACCUGCAGCUCGGCCAGCUCGCUGACCACCCACAUCCGGUAUCGCCACCUCAAGGACAAGCCGUUAAAGUGCAGCGAGUGCGAUACACGCUGCGUUCGGGAAUCCGAUCUAGCCAAGCAUGUUCAGAUUGUCCACUCGAAGACAAUGCAUCAGUGCGAGCAUCCUGAUUGUCAUUACUCCGUGCGCACCUACACGCAAAUGCGAAGGCACUUCCUGGAGGUGCACGGAAAUAAUCCUAUUCUGUACGCCUGUCACUGCUGCGAACGCUUUUUUAAGAGUGGCAAAUCCCUCUCCGCUCACCUGAUUAAAAAACACGGCUUUCGACUACCAUCGGGUCACAAAAGAUUCACCUACCGUGUGGACGAGAAUGGAUUCUAUCGCCUAGAAACGACAAGGAUUGAGAGUUUAGAGGUUACGCAGCAAAUACUAUCCCCGCAGGUGAAUAUCUCACUGGAGAUCGAUAUGAAACCAGGCACGGGAACCUGUUACGAGAUCGUUGAUCCCACAAAUACUGAAUUCGAGCGUAUCAUCGUUUCGAAUAAUCCGCACGAGGCACAGCUGAUGGGCGAGGUGGUCAUCUCGUUACCCAGCUUAACGGAGGAGCUGUGAGGAAUGGAGUUGAACGUAACUAACGGCAACUAGCAGCUAAACACUUCUGAUCUCGUGUGCUCCUUUAACAUUUAAGCAUUCGUACUAAAAACCUGCUUAGAAACUAGGAAAUUGAUCGUCAGGCGUUGUCAUAACGCCCAGAAACACAAUGCCUAUGACAAGAUUAAUCAUAGAAUGUAGAAUUAAGUCAACUGCUUUAGGGCCUUAGGGUAAUAUGCUACGAUAAGGAUAAAAUCAUUUAUAAUUGCUUGUAUUUCGAUCCCGACUGAUCAAUAAUUUUUAAUGUUCCCCAUAAGUUUUAUAAAAUAUUAUUUAGGUUUGUGUCUUGUUUUGUUUUAAAUAAUUUAGCCAUUCAUUAACCUUUCAGUUAAAAUACACUUUUUUUGUUUGGUCAAGAUUUAUAAAUAUUUUUGCCUGUUUCAAAGAUUUAGAAGGUUAUUCCUAGGUAACUUAAUUUCGUUGACCUUAUAUUCAUUUUCUGCUCAAACUUGUCUCCCAAAAAUAAGGGUUUUAGAGAUUUUAAUAUUUUACUAGAAACAUUUUCGAAAAUUAAGCCUUAGACAAGAGUUAUAUCAAAACUCGACGCUAUGUCGUUACCGGAAAAAAUGCAUUGAUUCUGUACAAUCAUAUCCUAAAACACUAUUAUUAUUAUAAAAUGUAUGUGAGUGCCUGUUCAUUUGUGUGUUUGUAAGUUGUCGGCAUUAUCUAUCCCGGAUCGGGAUCCAUUUGUCAUUUAGUCGUAAGCGAUUGACAGUUUCCAGUAGCAACUUUAUUUGUUUAAUUUGCUUAGCCAAUAAAUAAACCUAGCCAAGAAGAA